AUGGCGCGCACAAUAGCCAACCCCGCCGGCGUACCCGGAGCCGUCAUCAACCGGAAUACGGCCCGAAGCUCGACCGGGCAAGGACUCGGCAAGGACGUGCGGCGAAGCGGCCUAGGUUCCGGCGCGGCAGCUCCGCAGAAGAAGCGCCGCUACCGUCCCGGCACGCUCGCGCUGCAGGAGAUCCGGAAGUACCAGAAGAGCACGGAUUUGCUCAUCGCCAAGCUGCCCUUCAGUCGUGUUGUCCGCGAAGUCGCCCUCAACCUCACGUCCCGUAGGGCGGGUGAGCUGCGGUGGCAGUCCUCGGCCAUCCUGGCUUUGCAGGAGGCGACGGAGGCGUUCCUUGUGCACCUGUUCGAGGACUCGAACCUGUGCGCUAUCCAUGCCAAGCGUGUUACGCUCAUGACGAAGGACAUGCAGCUGGCACGGAGGCUGAGGGGACCGUGGGGCGGUCUCGGAUAA